UCCGAGUUCACAGCUCCAUGUGGAUAUUUUCAUGGCCAGAAGAGAAGCGGCUGAAACUCAGAGAGACGCUGCUUUAACAUCACUCCAGCGUUUAAAGCUCGCCCGUUUACGCGGUGUCGCUGAACGCGGUCCAUAUGGUGUUUAUAAGAGAGUAGCGAUAGUUCAGUCAGGCAGGCGCUGAGCAGGACAUGCUGAGGUUUCCUCCUCAGCUGCUUCCAGUCUUAAACAGUCAGUGCUUUAAAUCAGCUCGAGCAGCCAAAGGUCGUUGUCAGUUAGAAAGGCUCCGUGGCCUCUUUGUGAGGAGCAGAAUGAUGGCAGAGGAGCAGAAACCCCCUCAGAUCACUGUGCUGAAAAGAGCAUCAGACAGCUCUGCUGUGGAGAACGAUCACCAGGUCAAGAAGCUGAAAGCAGAUGACGACCAGACAGCUGAUGAGAAGAGAUUUCCCAAGAGGAAGGUGGUCCUUCUCAUGGCGUAUUCAGGCAAAGGCUAUUAUGGAAUGCAGAGAAAUCCUGGAAAUUCCCAGUUUAAAACCAUAGAAGAUGAACUUGUCACUGCGCUUAUCAAAGCUGGGUGUAUUCCAGAGAACCAUGGAGAGGAUAUGAAAAAGAUGUCUUUUCAAAGAUGUGCAAGGACCGACAAGGGUGUUUCUGCAGCAGGCCAGGUUGUAUCUCUAAAGCUGUGGCUGAUUGAAGACAUUCUGGAAAAGAUAAACACCCAUCUCCCAGCACAGAUAAGAGUUUUAGGUUAUAAGAGAGUCACGGGUGGCUUCAACUCCAAAAACAACUGUGACGCCAGGACCUAUUCCUAUACACUUCCGACCGUGGCCUUCUCUCCAAAAGACAGUGACCAAGAGGACACGUCAUUCCGCCUGGAUACAGAAACGCUUCAGAAGGUUAACAGGCUGUUUGCCCUCUACAAAGGCACCCACAACUUCCACAACUUUACCUCACAGAAGGGUCCCCGGGACCCAAGUGCCAAACGCUACAUCACCCACAUGUCCUGCGGGGAGCCCUUCGUCAGGCAAGGAGCCGAGUUUGCGGUCAUUACGGUGAGAGGGCAGAGCUUCAUGAUGCACCAGAUCCGGAAGAUGAUUGGGCUGGUGAUCGCAGUGGUGAAGGGCUAUGCAAGAGAUGAGGUCAUUGAGAGAAGUUUGGGAGAAGAGAAGGUCGAUGUGCCAAAAGCUCCUGGGCUCGGUCUAGUGCUGGAGAGGGUGCACUUUGACCGGUACAACAAGCGUUUCGGGGGAGAUGGUCUUCACGAGACACUUGAGUGGACCCAAGAGGAAGAUGCUAUUGCUGCCUUUAAGGAAGCGCACAUAUACCCCAGUAUAGUGGAAACUGAGGGCCAGGAGAAAUCUAUGGUUAGCUGGAUGGCAACACUGCCCAUUCAUGACUUCGAGGCUACUGCAACAGGCAAACAGGAACACAAGGAUGAAGAUGGAAAUACAUCUGACUGACUUAUUAGAAUUUUCUUCCUAAACUUGUUUUAUUUUUGCUGUGUAAAUGAUUUAGUUCCACUGUUUGCCAUGUUCAUCUUUUGAAAUAAACUUUUUAUUUUGACUUUUA